CUCCACUCCACACGCUGCCGCAUCCUUCAGCACCGCCUCUCACUCCACUCGCAUCGCCGUGGACACCCGCGCGUACCAGUAUCUCACGUCUGGAUCGUCAUCCGCAGCCGCCUGCUUGCGAGCCGCCGGCUGCAUCGACACUGUCGCCGGCGCGCGUGGCUCUCGGUGCACGCUCUCCCUCGCGCGGCGCGCCGUCCGCCAUGUCGCAGCCAAGCACGCCGCCUCGAUCGCCUGCCGCGCCCGCAGAGCCGUCGAGCGACACCUCGCCGCGCGCACUCCUGGCGCAGACGGCCCGCCUGGCGGCGCGAGGUGCCAUUCCGCACGUUGCCGCCGCCGAGUCGCCGACGCAGGAGCUUACGCCCAGCUCGGCGGCGCUGCCGAGCCCAGCGCACGAUGAGGCAGCGCCCCAGUUGCAAUCUCCGCAGCAGCUCGUGCCCUCCGCUCCGGACGCCGAUGCGGCGUCCGCUGCGCCGCUCGACGCCGACAGCGGUGAGGCACCGGGCGACCUCAGCCUCGACGACGGCGUGCAUGGCGAGCUCGAGGCCGAGGUGGACGACGAUGCCGCAUCUGGCUCCGUCUCGCGCUCAGGCACGCUGCCGCCGCCGGCCGAGGGCGAGAGCAGCGACUCGACUGCCCGCCGUGCGCUCGCACAGCGCACCGCAGAAUCCGAGGCGCAGGAGCGCGAGCGUGUCCAGCGCGAGAAGGAGGCCGUGGACCGGGCGUUGCAUGCAGUCGUCGGCAGUGCCAUUGGCAAAGGCGACAGCGCCGACGAGCGAAAAGCUCAAGGUUCUGAAGCGACGGAUACCGAAGGAAGACAUCCAGAAGGGCUGCCGGGUCACGAGCCGGAUGCGCCCGCAGACGACGAGGUGGCAGAAGACACUGAGUCAGAAGAGGCCGAGGAAGAGCCGCAUCUGAAGUACUCGCGGCUCAAGAACGGCGCAGCGGAGGUGCUGCUCAAGGACAGUGCCAGCGCCAUGGCUGUCUCCGACCGUGUCGUGGCCAUGGGCACACAUGCCGGCCACGUGCACAUCCUCGACGAGCAGGGCAACCGCAUCGGCGGCUGGAAGGCGCACUCUGCAUCAGUGCUCGACCUGCACGUCGACGACUCAAACGAGUUCGUGGGCAGCGCUGGCAUGGAUGGCAUCGUCUCCAUUCGUGGCCUGUCCUCUGCGGAGGUGUACAAUUUCGAUCUCGCGCGACCAGUGCGGAGCUUGGCGCUUGAGCCAAGCUUCGGACGCCGCUCGUCUCGCGCCUUCGUCUGCGGCGGUAUGGCGGGCACGCUCGUGCUGCGCGAGAAGAGCUGGUUCGGCCAUCGCGAGACGGUGCUGCACCAGGGCGAGGGCGCCAUCUCGACCAUCCAGUGGCGCGGCAACUUGAUAGCCUGGAGCAACGAGAAGGGUGUGCGCAUCUACGACAACGCCUCGAAGCAGCGCAUCACCUUCAUCUCGCCGCCGUCGACCGACGGUCGCGCCGAUCUGUUCCGCUGCAGCCUGGUCUGGCAGGAUGACGCGACGCUCUUGAUCGCGUGGGCAGACCACAUCAAGAUCGCGAAAGUCCGCACUCGGAAUCGGGGCGCUGGCACUGCAAGCUCGAAGAGCUCAACUUCAUCCGCAGGAGCGUCUGCAGCCAUUGCGCAGCUCAGUGCUGCUGCAGGUGGUGCCGCCGCUCAGCUCUACGUCGAGAUCACCUCCAUCUUCAAGCUCGACUGCAUGAUCAGCGGCAUUGCGCCGCACGGGCGCGACUAUCUCGUUCUCGCGUACAUUUCAGCGACAGCCGAGGGCGACGGAGACGCAGAGGCCCAACAUCGCCGCAGAGAAGGCUUGCAGCCCGAGCUGCGCAUCAUCAGUCACGUCGGCGAGGAGCUCAGCUCCGACGUGCUGAGCCUACAGAAUGUGGCGCGCUUCGGAUGCAACGACUAUCUCCUGGUGCCGUCGGCCGAUGCGGCACUUGCCGGCGCUCGUGCUCUCCAGACGCCCGCCAAGGGCAGUGCGAACGGCACGUCAGCACGCGUAGCCGAACUGGCCGACGGAGAAUACUUCUACAUCGUCUCGCCGCGGGACGUCGUCAUUGCGCGACGGCGGGACGCCAAGGACGCAGUGGACUGGCUGCUGGAGAGACAGCGCUACGCCGAAGCGCUCGAGCGCAUCGACGCCAUGUCGCCACCAGCCGUCGUCGCUGCGGGCUUCGACAAGGCUGUCAUCGGGCGCAAAUACGUCUUCUGGCUGGUGCAGGAGGCGCGCGAGUACGCCAAGGCGGCGCGCGUCGCCGCCGAGCACCUGGGACUCGACGCGCAGGCCUGGGAGGACCUCGUCUUCCUCUUCGUCGAGAAGAGCCGACUGGGGACAAUCAUUCCCUAUGUGCCGACGCGCGAGCCUGUUCUGAACGGGCUCGUCUACGACAUGAUCCUGGCGCACUUCCUGCGCGCUGACCCUGCCGUGCUGCUAUCGACGCUGAAGCGCUGGCCGAACGACAUCUACAGCUACUCCGCCGUCGUACUUGCCAUCGAGGACCGGCUCGAGCGCGACGGCAGCGCAGGACUAACAGCCGGCGCCACGGCAAACGGCCCUGUCCUGAUGGAGUGCCUCGUCGAGCUCUUUCUCGCCCACCGCCAGCCGGGCCGCGCACUGCCUUACUUUCUGCGGCUACGACGGCCAGGCGUAUUCGAUCUCAUCCGCGACCACAACCUUUUCACCGCGGUGCAGGACCAAGCACUGCUUCUCGUGCAGUUCGAGGAGGAGCUCGACGAGCCCAAGGCGCCCACCAGCUCGCAAGCUACGCUACGCCCGCCUGCGAUGGCACGUCGCACGACCUCCUUCCGCGCCUCCCACGUUGAGCCGGUGUCCAGCAAGCACGGCGCAGCGAUCGACCUUCUCGUUGACCACACGCAUUCCAUCCCGAUCCACCGCGUCGUCGCGCAGCUCAGCGAGUCGCCGCGCCACCUGCACAAGUACCUCGACGCCCUCUUCGACCGGGAUCCGCAGCUCACCGUCGAGUUCUCGAACAUCCAAGUCAAGCUGUACGCCGAUUACGACUACGAGAAGCUGAUGCCGUAUCUGCGUGCCAUGAGCAGCUACUACUCGUUCGAGGACGCGUACAACGUCUGCAAGGAGCGAGAUCUGGUGCCGGAGAUGGUCUUCCUGCUGGGCCGCGUCGGCGACAACAAGAAGGCGCUGAACCUCAUCAUCUCGCGGCUUGGCGAUGUCGAACGGGCGAUCGACUUCGCCAAGGAGCAGAACGACGACGAGCUCUGGGAGGAUCUGCUCAAGUACUCGGAGACCAAGCCUGCUUUCAUCCGUGGCCUGCUCGAGAACGUCGGCGCCGAGAUCGACCCGAUCCGGCUCAUCCGCCGCAUCAAGAACGGCCUCGAGAUUCCAGGCCUCAAGCCGGCGCUCAUCAAGAUCCUGUCGGACUUCAACCUGCAGAUCUCGCUCUUGGAGGGCUCUGCCGCGAUCCUCUACCACGACGGACGCAACCUGUCGCACGACUUGCACGUUUGCCAGACGCAGGCUCACUACUGUGACGACCGCUCCGUCUGCUCAGCAUGCAGCGAGCCGCUUUUCACCCAGCCGCUCGACACAUUCAGCGCUGCGCGCGCACGCCCGGCGCCGGGCGUCUUCUUCCUGUGCCGGCACGCCUUCCACCUCACCUGCCUCGUGCCCGCCGCAAACGUGCCGCGAGCAACGGCCAAGUUGCCAGGCGCAGGCAACGCGCCACUGCCGCCGCUGUCGCUCAGUGCCACCCAGGCGUACGCCAAGGCGGGCGCCGUGGGUGCCGACAGCAUCUACGGGCCCGCUCGCCGCGCCGACGAAGCCGCAGCAGCGCUGACGCGCAAGAUGACCUACAAGGCACGCCUGCGCGUCGUCCUGCGUGCCGGCUGUCCGGAGUGCCGGCGCAAGAACUCGGAACGCUUCGCAUGA